AUGAAGACAAAUUCACUCCGACCCCUGAUCUCUUUGCGAGGCAGGAGUCAUACAUGUCGGACUUACUCCUCGCUCUCUGAGCGCUUGCGUCACGAACUGACCACAAGGAAGCUCCCGUUGACUUACGACUAUCUACACCCCCAACCCUCGCAUCUUCUGAACCUCACACUCCGUGAUAUUCUUCCACAAUCUCAGACAAAAUAUCAGAACCCCGCCGAUUAUGCGACUCUACCGUCAUUACAGAACCCGUCCCCGCUUCCAGUCGGUCACCACUUAAUCUACUUCCCGCCGCAGGUGACCUUGUCGCAACUACUCCCGGACUGCACAGAUACGUUACACACACCGGGCGAACCAUUUAAUCGACGCCUUUGGGCAGGUGGAAAUCUAAGAUUCCCCGUGCGCAGUCCACCUUUGGAUGGAAGCCGCGCAGUGUGCAUAGAAUCCAUCCGCAACGUGACAGUGAAGGGUCGCGAGGGUGACGAGAAAGUGAUUGUCACCAUUGAGCGACGCAUUGGCAACGUUCCCGAACAAGAAACAGCCGAUGAGACCUGGGACCGGAUAUGGAAAGAGAACGAAGAGAACGCGGGAGAAUCGUCGGUCAUUGAGAACCGGGACCUUAUUUUCAUGCGUCUAAAAACCAGCGCCCAAAUCGAGGCCGAUAAGGCGCAGUUCGGAAAGCCUGGUAGGAUUGUGAAACCCCCCUCCGACGCGACAUUCCGCCAUACCAUCGUACCUACUAAAGCGCUGCUAUUCCGGUUCUCGGCACUGACUUUCAAUGCCCAUUCCAUUCACCUUGAUAAGGGCUAUACUCAGAACCAGGAGGGAUAUCCAAAUCUUUUGGUGCAUGGUCCAUUGACGCUCACGCUUCUGUUGAGUGUACUUCAACAACAGCUGAGUAAAUUGAAUCUCUGCGUCAGUGACAUUGAAUAUAAGAAUCUAGUGCCGCUUUUUGUUGAACAGGAGCUGGUGAUUUGUGGCAAGCCUAAGAAUGAUACCGGGGCUUGGGAUGUGUGGAUUGAAGGUCCAGAUGGAGGGUUGGCUGUUCGGGGUACUGCGCGGACGAGGUCGGAAUAA